GGGUUGGUUGAAGCUCUGGUGGGUAGGUGGGUUCAGACCCAGGGUACUACGGGUCGGCGUUGGGCUCAGUUGGCUCGAAACAAAGGACUAUCCGGUAGGGACUCGGCGCGGUGCCUUCGGACCGGUGGCUGAGCGGCGGAUCGAGGCUUGUCGGCCAGCCGGUGCCGUCGCCGCGCGGUCUCCGUAGGCUUCUCCUCGGUUCCCUACAGCCGGCGCCGUGGUGGGGGGCCCGGCGCGGCGGCACCUGCUGCUGAGGGACCCCGCGGCCCGCCCAGGUGCUCAUGAUGGGGCUGAUCUUCGCUAAACUGUGGAGCCUCUUUUGUAACCAAGAACACAAAGUAAUUAUAGUGGGACUGGAUAAUGCAGGGAAAACCACCAUUCUUUACCAAUUCUUAAUGAAUGAAGUGGUUCAUACAUCUCCAACCAUAGGAAGCAACGUUGAAGAAAUAGUCGUGAAGAACACUCACUUUCUGAUGUGGGACAUCGGUGGUCAGGAAUCCCUGAGAUCGUCCUGGAACACGUAUUACUCAAACACAGAGUUCAUCAUCCUCGUGGUUGAUAGCAUUGACAGGGAACGACUAGCGAUUACAAAAGAAGAAUUAUACAGAAUGUUGGCCCAUGAGGAUUUACGGAAAGCCGCGGUCCUGAUCUUUGCAAAUAAACAGGAUAUGAAAGGGUGCAUGACGGCAGCUGAGAUCUCUAAAUACCUCACCCUUAGUUCCAUUAAGGAUCAUCCGUGGCACAUUCAGUCCUGCUGUGCUUUGACAGGAGAAGGGUUAUGCCAAGGCUUAGAGUGGAUGACGUCCCGGAUUGGUGUGAGAUAACUUUGUGCCUGAAAAAAGACUGCUCUAUUUAUUCUGUGACAUGAACAUUUUCCUAGUACCUUUGGCUGCUAAGGCAGCAGCAUGUUUAAUUUAUAACAACACAAACCUCUAUGAGCAACACUUGAAUCAAGUGCAGCCGAACUGGAACAUAAAAGAUUUUUUCUUAACUUUUUUUUAAUGCACUAACCUUCAGUUGGAUGAACAUAACGUAUAACUGUGUUUUCAGCAACAUAAUUCUCCUGACUGCUGAUUCUGAUGACUCGAUGACUGCCUUGUAAGAAAUGUGUGUCAUAUGUUUAAUGUUUUCUGAAGUAUCGUAAUAACUUUAACGACCAAUUUCUUUCAUUUCUUGAUCACCUCCUUUCCCUACCAGAUAGUUCCUGGUGUGAGAAAAAAGUAGUAGUGGAAAUCAUCAGAUCCUGCUUGCAAACGUAACCAGCACCAAAUAUUUGCUCCCUCUUCACGCCACUUCUCUCUUGGACAGAGCUUAUUAUAGAGAAAGAAAUCAGCCUAGAAGAUAUAUAUGUAAGGAAAAUUAACCAUCAUGAGAACUGCCUUGACAGAAGUUAAUUUCACCCAAUUAUUACAAGUCAUGGAAUAAUUUUAAGUUACUGUUCGCCUGGAAAUUAAGUAGGCUAUUUAUCUAAAAGAAUUAAAUUGACUUUUCUGCCUCCAACCCGAGAUUAGUUUGGGCUAAAAACUAAUCAAGGAAAAAUACUUGAAAGCCCAACUUUGAUGGUAAAUAUUUUGGAGAAAUUCGAUGUUUCAAAAAUGUCACCCACUGUUCAGUGCAUAUACUAAUUGUCGGAAGUUAUUAGAGAUUACCAGCACUCAUAUCAAAACAAGACAGUUGGAAUGUACUUUACCAUCAAUUAUAAACACGUUUAUCAGCAGAAGCUUCAGUGAUUCCAUUUGCAAGGGAGAGCGCAUUUGCUUGGGGCAGUAGCUAAAGCAGAAGUAUAAACAUUUCCUUUCUUAAAAUUUGGGAUUGUGUGUGGAUUUUGAACAGUGUUUCUACCACCAGCAUCGUAUUACUUAAAAACCCAUACGGCUUUCCGGAAGGCCGGCCGAAGCUCUAGCGUAAUAGGCUUCAGGCACUUGCCUUCUCUCUUGUUACCUCUCAUGUUCUGAAAUGUUUUGGUGGAUUACAGGAAGCUGCUGAAUCGAUUCCCAGCUUUUAGAGUGUGCCAUGAGACUCAAAGUUAACACUGACAUAAGUUAGAAAGUAGGAAGAAGAGCAUCCUAAUCUAUCACAAGUUUAUUACAUAUCAUCAAAAAGUUUUCAAGGCAGUGGUCUAAUAUAACGAACAGUAAUCUAACUAAUGCAUACUUAGGAAGGAAGACAGGUAUUCUAAUUUUGAUCCCCUAUUUCAAAUGUGUGAUUUUGCUCUAAUGAAAGGGAUAAAAGGCAUCCUUAGAGACUAAUACUUCAUUUUUGCAGUAUUUUUUUCAUUUGGGUCAAAAAUAGGAUUCAGUGUUUAUAAGAAUAUCUAAAAAUCCCUGUUCAAAAGUAGUAUUUUAAUUUUAAUAGUUUUUAUUGCAAAUUGGUUUUCAUUUUGCUCUGUUUUCAGGUAUACUUGAGUUAUUAUAUUUAGUCUAAUUUAGUUGAAUGUGGUAACAUUUUCUUUCUGUUUAGUGAUAGCAUACCCUAGAACUGAAACAUGGCCGGAGGAAGGCUUUCUGGACUUUGGGAACUAGUGGUUUAUUAACCUUGUUUUGAACCUUUUUCUUAGUGACUCAGUACUGGGUAGAGGAUAAAUUUUGAUUUUAAUGAAACUCUGUAAUCCUAGAAGAUGAGAGAAAAGCAAACAUUAACCAAUAUGGAUGCUCUGUGGUGUAUGUAUGGGGGCAGGAGGGAACACGAAGAUACGGUUUACCUAAAAGCACACUUUGCCAGAAUUUCUAUUUGGUUCUAGAGUUGAGCCAUAAAUUCUAAGGAUAAUUCUCUUUACUUCAUCCUGAGAAAACAUGUUUCAUAGUCCUGUAUCCAUUCUUAUAUGAAAUUUACCUUCCUAUAUAUCAUAGUAUUGGCUGGCUCAGUUUUCUUCUUUCAAAUUAUACGGUUGUGUUUUUUUGUAUUACCACAUCAGCAUUAUAUUGAAAGUGUUUUUAAUAGUUGUAUUUUGUCAAACAUCUAGUAUAGAUUCAAGUUUGCUAUUUAAUUUUUUUAAAUACAAUUUAUUUUAUUUUCUAAAUUUUCUUUAAAAAAGCAUUUUGGUAGUUUGGGAUCAGAAAUGGUUAUGUUAACUGUGUUGAAAAUGAAAUCAACAUCCCACUAGUUUCUGUGGCAAUGAUUGGGAAAAGUUCAAAUAGGAAAUUCAUGUAAGACUUUUUAAAAGUGUUUUAUAGGUUUUCGUUAGCUAUUUCCUGUUAGAGUAAUAUGAAAACCGAUUAUCCUUUACUCCAAGAGAAUGUUUUGACCCACGCAAAUAUCUAAUACUAAAGCAUUGAUUCUGACAUUCAUUGUAAAUCAGCUCUAAGAUACUGUGUGAUGAAAACUGUAAGUUUGUGAUUAGUGCCUUUAUUCACAUUUUGAGAUGAGUUCUCAGUUUUGUACUAUCCCUGUUCUUUAGAAUUCAGAUUAGCAGCUAAUUCAUUUGACAAGGACAUAAAUUCGAGAUUCACCCUCCGUGCCACCCCUUCAAUGGCCUAGCAAAGUUUCUGGUAAGUAGUGGAAAGCAAGGGACCCACCCACAUUACUUUCAGGAGAUUAUUCUAGAUUCUAUUUUUAUUUUGAGGGUAAAGAAACAGAAGUUUAACAAAUCUUUUCAGUAUUUAAUUAGAACUAAAAUGUAACUGCAACCCAAAUACGGCGUUUUUCUUCAUUUUGAACGUGUUACAUUGCAUGUUGCAGCCCAUUUGGGAACUCUUAGAAUUAACAGACCAUUUUUAUACGGGAGUACACUACCUAAGGUGGAUGGUUAGUGUAAUUAUAACUCCUUCAGGUCUGAAAUAACAUGUAAUCUAUUGGAAAACUAAUGGUUAAAUACGUGAUUUUUGCUUUUAGGUUCUGUGUUAGUAUGCUUAAAGGUAUAAUUUUAUUCUACAUUCGUUAGAGGAAAGAAAAUAAAUUCAAGCUUUAUCGUUAAAGAUAAUUUUUAAAUGGGCACUACCCCUAUAGCCGUAGUCAUUUUGCUUAAGCACAGAUUAACUUUUCUUUUCUAGAGCAUAGAGAAAAUAAUUAUUUUCCUAUGGAAGCAGUGAGUGAUGCAGGCUGUGCUGUAAACAGUAUUCGCUGAAGAGUUACAGAGAGUCAAAGCAAAGAAAUUUAAAGAAAACAAGAAGUCUUUAUAUUUUUAAAAAUCUUGUUGGUGUAGUAUCUUAGGACAAAUUCUAAAUGGAAUUGUUGGUGACUAGCACUCUUUUAAUUCUUAACUACAUAAAAUAAAAGUAGAUCAGUAGAAAAACGUACUGGGCUCACGCCUGUAGAUGGGUAGGUUCUAUUGACAUUUAUCUUUGAAAAGCAGCUUCGUGAGUCUAACUUUUCUUCUAUGGCUUUGGGUUCAAACUAUGUCAUAUCCAAUGCAAUUCCAAAGGAUCUUUUAUAUUUUGCUGGGACAAAGCCACUUAGAGAUUCAGUCUGAGUUGGAUCUAGUAGAAUAUUGUGCUGGCUAUCUAGAGAAGUGGUUUUGUCUCUGAACUUGGCCUUUGCGUGGCUAGUGACCUUAGACAGGGUUCAUGGCCUUUAUGGUUUUUUCCCCGCAUCCUGAGGAACUUGAGCCAACUAAAAAAACUCCAUCAUAUCUUUUGGUUUUAAAAUCCUGAAUCCUUAAACACCAUAUUAAAGUUGAAAAACCAAAAAAAUACUAGGAAAGUGGCAGUAACCCGAUGGCCGGGGCCACUAGGGAAAGGACCUGUAAUAAGAAAUUAAAUUCACUUUAAUCUGUCAUUUGAUUCCCACCUCAUUAUCAUUUUAUUUUCUUUGUGAAUACAAUCAAAUAAAACAAUAUCAACUAGUAACUGCAACUCAGCUUAAAUAAGCUAAGAGCUAAUGACAGAAGAGAAAAUAAGCCAUAUUGCCAAGGAAAUGAUUUUAAGUUGCUGAUAAAACACCAGUGUGCAUUUAAAAUACUCUCUUCUAGAGAAUACCUUUUGUGUUUUCCUGGCUUUUACUAAUUAGCAGUGGUUAGUUUGUUCAGAGUUUAUUCGAUGCCAACCCCAAACUCCCAAUUCUGUUUGACUUCCCAGUAUUGAAAGGAUUGUGCAGCUGGGCUGUCCAUGUUUUACAAAUGUCCCUAUAAACCUGAGAGUAGUUAAUAUUCAAGGCUAGUUCCUUCAGUAAUGUCUCAUCCUUAUUCAUUUAGCAUUACUGUGAAGACUGAAAUCCAAGUCCAGUUCCCCAAAAGUGUUUUUUUUAAGAGUUCCAGGUGGCCAAAAUUAAAUAGAGAAGUUCAAAAAACAUUUUUUUUCAACUUCUUCACUUUAACGUAGAAAAAAUACUGUGUUCAAGAGAUCCAAAAUCAGUUUUAAACGCAUUUGAUUUGGUAAAAUGUUUGGGAAAAGUUCAUUUGGAGGUAUGGUGUCAUACCUAGAAAAGAAGGUCAAAAUAGUUGAUAGUGAAGAUAAACAUGUGGUAGAAAAGUCUUCAAAAGGGUAGUAAGUAGAAAAUAUGAAUGAAAACAGUGAAUUUUUCUCAUUAAAGCACUUAAAAUUACUAGAAAGAAAGUACAGUCUUUUACUCUAGAACUAGAUAUCUUACUUUUAAAGUCGCCAAAGGACCAAAGACUGAUCAGGUUGUUAGAAUUCUUUAGUGUUGUCAAGUCACAUCUUCCGUAGUUUUUCUUAAAUGGUAAUCUGCAUGGUCUCCUAGAAAUGGAGAAAUAAUAAAAUGUGCCGUGCAUAUCUUUUGGAAUAGAUAACAAAGCUUUCGAAGAAUGGAAAUGUUUUCUUGCACAAACUAUAAUAUUUUAAUUAAAAAAUUACCUCAUUUGUCAGUCCAUAAGGUGCUUUGCUCAAGCUUGUGGGAUGUCGCACCCAUAAAUACUCCCUUUCCCCAAACUAUAUUUGAAAUAUGCAAAGCUCACAGCUAAGGGGUAGCGUUCCUUGGAGAUUUUGCUUUGUUUUAUUCUUGCGAAGACAGUUUAGAAGAUUCUUAAAGCACACAGGCACGUGUGCUCAGUCAAUACUUAGUUUCAUUAAAAUCAAAUAAGGGCAAGGAAAACCCUAACGUUUGAUUGAUUAUAUUAUACCGUGUCUGUAUUUCCAUCAAUGUUGCGAUGAUAUCAAGGACUAUCAUUUGGUCUCGGUUGUGCAUAAUUUAUUUGCAUAUUUUGAUCCUAGUCACAGGAGACUAUUGUCCUUUUAAUCCUUUUCUAUUUUCUUCAGGGAGUCAACAAGCCUCUGUUUUAUUCUCUUGGAGUAAACUGUUCAGUGUAGCUACGAAAGUUCUAAUUUCGAUUUAAAAAGUGUAGCUGCUAUUUCAUUAAGUGUGAAAUAAAAUGGUUAUAAUUUUUCCAAUUAUGGAAUAGUUUUACAUUUUACCCUAUUUAUUGCACAGAGCAUGGUUAAAAAAAAAAAAACUAAAAGCAAUUACAAUCUCCUUCCUGUAUUUCUCCUACCCAGAAUAUAAUGAUUAUAAUCACACAUUGCCAUCUUAACAGAAAUUGGUGCUUUAGAGCAUUAAAGAGGAAACAGCAGGCCAUGUAUAAUACACUUCUUGCCUCAGAAUAUAAAACUGCUUUAAGGUAUAUUUAUAUUUGUGUUCAUUUCUUAAGGUUUAAAUACAAACUGUUACCCAUCUAGCUUCAGGCUUUCUACAAAAGCUGUCACAAUAUCGUAGCUAAUCAUCUUGGUCAAAUCGAUGAUGUUAAUGCUGGCGGAACUUUGAAUUGGAUCUCUCUGUGGGUCCCGCCAUAUUGCAUAGAGAGGAAAAGAAGAAUGCCCUUCUCGCCACGUGCUGCUUAACCCCAACCCAGCAACUGAACUGUGUGCUGUUGGUCUAAUCUGUAGCGUUAAUAAAGUUAAAAGAGCAAACCAAUUACUUAAUGCAUUCACAUCAUCACUUCUUGCAGAUGGUUCAGAGCAUGUUCUCCUAACGGUGGCGCUGUUUAAAGACAUGUUUUAAAUUUUUUAAUAGCUUUCAUGACUGUCAUAAAGUGCUUCUUUUAUUUGUUAAGUUUAGGUUGCUUGGUACUCAACGAUUUUUUUAUUUCUGUAAUUAUGUAAUAAUGAGUUGCUUGCAUGCCUACUCACCCAAGUAAGAAGGAUGCUGUUUGCUCUGGAAUGUUCAUCUUUUAGACAGGUUUUGGCUCAUUUGCAAUCAUGGUGCAAUACAGUGUAACGUUCAUUUGUUUUCAGUCAACAGUUUUAUUUUUGUCAUAAUAAAUAAUUACUUUUCCAAUAUGA